ACCCUUUUUGAUGGUCUCCGUUUUAUUCCCUUCAAAGUCUCACCUCCUCUCUCUCUCUCUCUCUCCUAAUCUCGUUUUCUUUCUCUUUCCUGUGAUUCAUUUCCGUCGGAAUUAUUUUGUUUGGCGAUUUGCCGGUAGUGAUGACAGCGCCGAACAUGGCGACGAUCACCGCGUCUUUGGAGAGGUCUUUACAGAACUGCUCUUUAAACCAUCAGAGAAGCGGUGGCAGAGGCGGAGAAGAAGACGGAAUAGGAAGGUCUUCAUCGUCGUCGUCAUCGGACGACAACAACCUCCCGAACGGAGCCUCCGACACCACGUUGGAGCUCAACUCUCACCUCUCUCUCCCUUACCAUUGGGAACAAUGCCUCGAUCUAAAGACUGGGGAGAUUUAUUAUAUAAAUUGGAGGAACGGGAUGAGAGCGAAAGAGGCUCCGAGGACACCUGCCGAGCACAGUGGAGAUUUUUAUUCAGAGGACGAUGACGACGGUAGCUCUUAUGAAAGUGAGGAAUCGUCAUCGGAGUCUGCUCCUUCUUCUUCAAGGGACAGAGAACCUUACAACGAUCGCCGGCCGGUGGAUCAAGAGAAAGAGAAAGAAAAGGUUCUGGUUGUCGCCGGCUGCAAGAGCUGCCUCAUGUACUUCAUGGUCCCCAAGCAAGUCGAAGAUUGCCCCAAAUGCGCCGGUCAACUUCUCCACUUUGAUCGAUCCGAAAAUGGAUCCCCGUGAAUUGGGAUUUAGGUUUUCCUUCUCACUCUUUUUUCCUUUGCUUUUUAUCUUUAUUUUACAUUUUCUUUUCAUCUAAAAAAAAACCCACUUUGUGCUUCUUGGACGGUGAUAUAUGAGAUGAAUGGAAUUAUUGUUUAGCUCUUACUCUUCCACUUAGCCUGUGCUUUGCUUUUAUUUUGGGCGCCAUUGAUUCUCAGAAAUAAUACUGUUUCAAAAUGAUUGCAAUGUGUAGUCUUUUCAUUAAAUUUAACUUUUGUAU